GUAAAGAAACAGUGAAAAGGCGCUAUGGAAAAGCGUAUCAAAGAAACAAGAGGUCAAAGACGAUAGAGGAGGCCUGGGUACUAAUGUUUAGACGACGACGAGAGCUUUGCUGCUUCUGAUGGUUCGUCCAAAAUGAGAGAAAUACCAAAUAAUCGCGGGAGGAAACUGCUUUCAAUCAUCGACAAACUUUCGGAUCGUCCCGUCACAUCAUCUCUGGAUUCACGUAACAAUCAUGAACAUGGAGGACAAAGUCAAUCGAACUCUGCAGAAUCUAGCAGCGUGUCAUCCAGCAUUAUUACCAACUUAACAGUUAAUGGGUGUGACAGUGAUGUUGUGAACAUUCCCUCUAUUGCUCUGGCUCCUAGAAGCCAUAUAAUGGCAUUGGAAAGCAUCACAAAGAAUAUAGUGACAACAUGCAACACAGGGCAAAAUCAGCAGGAACUAAAUUUAUCCUGCAGAAAUAAGGUUGUAGAUUUGUCAACAAGCAGCAGAAGUCAAACUUGUGCUAGCAGUGCAGAAUGGUUUGGCAGAUUUAGAAAUGAUGUUGAUCCAUAUUCAGAGAAAGAGAUGAUAUCUGACAGCAUCUGCAGUGACACUGUUUCCUCAAUUCCUGACAUUUCCUCCCUUGUUACAAUUGUGAUUUCUAAAGGCUCCGUGGGCACAGCUCAAUCACCUCUGCUUCGAAUGGAACAUGGACUGUGUCGCUUGUGUUCUGCUCCUGUCAGCAGUUUGUCAGACUUAAUCACUCACUUGCGCCUAGCUCAUCCAGGACAUUGCGCAAAGGGUGUGAAGACUCAUGGCUACAUAGGGAAAAAGACACAACCAACAACUCCCAACAUUCCAAGCUCUAGUUCUGUAAAAAGGAAGGCUUUGAUUGAAAAAAGAGAUGGAUUGUCAUUGAGUGUGACUAAACAAAAGCUCCCAGUUGCUCAGUCUAUUACAUCUACACCAAGAAGAGCAGUAGCCAUGCCUAUACAAAAACAACCAGCAGUACAGUCAGAAGUCAUGUCAACUGAAUCAGGUGCUGUUAUGCCAGCUAACAAUUCACCAGUGGAGCCAAGACAAACAAUUUCAGUGAUCAAUCCAAUACCCAUAAGUAAAACACAACCAGCUGGGUCUUCAACAACUCAGGCAAUUACUGUAUUAGCGAUUGCUUGUACAUCAACUUCACAUGUUAGUAGUACAUCAACUUCAUAUGUAAGUAGUACAUCAACUUCACAUGUUAGUAGUACAUCAACUUCACAUGUUAGUAGUACAUCAACUCCACAUGUUAGUAGUAAAUCAACUUCACAUGUCAGUAGUGCACCAACUUCACAUGUUAGUAGUGCUACUAGGAAGGCAGUUACAGCAUCAACACAAACGUCAGGGCCAGUGAUGUGCGAACGUUGCAAUAAGUGGUUUGGAACUGACCAUUUACUGAAAUUCCACAUGGCAGAAACACAUUCAGAGGCCGCAAAGUGUUUGGCAGCAUCUGAAAUGCAGUCCAUUAAAGCUGCUAAAAUUACUCAGUCAUUGCUGGCACAAGCACAAGGCAACCCAGCAUCAGGAGUAUCACCAUCCUCUACAGCAACACUCAAAACAGUCCUGCUACUUACACCAGAGAUUCUAGAAAAAUUAAAGGCAGCAGGAAAUAUAGUUAUUUCAACAACUGAGGCACAAAAGGGAAUCACAGUCUGCCAGCCUGGGGCAGUAAAUAGACAAGGACAACAUAAGCUGGCGACAAAAGUAUCAACAAAGAUUAGAACAGUGAAUGGCCAGGGCACAGGGUCAGCAAAAAGUAGUGAAGCUGUUGGGCAAGGAAAUCCUACAGCCACAUGCAAGGAAAAAUCAACGAAUAGCCAAGGGUCAGGGCAAGGGACAAAGGAUACUUCAGGCGGAACACAGACCUCUAUCCAACAAAAAGCACAGCAACAAGUAAGUACACCAAGAAGAGCAGUAGCCAUGCCUAUACAAAAACAACCAGCAGUACAGUCAGAAGUCAUGUCAACUGAAUCAGGUGCUGUUAUGCCAGCUAACAAUUCACCAGUGGAGCCAAGACAAACAAUUUCAGUGAUCAAUCCAAUACCCAUAAGUAAAACACAACCGGCUGGGUCUUCAACAACUCAGGCAAUUACUGUAUUAGCGAUUGCUUGUACAUCAACUUCACAUGUUAGUAGUAAAUCAACUUCACAUGUUAGUAGUACAUCAACUUCACAUGUUAGUAGUAAAUCAACUUCACAUGUCAGUAGUGCACCAACUUCACAUGUUAGUAGUGCUACUAGGAAGGCAGUUACAGCAUCAACACAAACGUCAGGGCCAGUGAUGUGCGAACGUUGCAAUAAGUGGUUUGGAACUGACCAUUUACUGAAAUUCCACAUGGCAGAAACACAUUCAGAGGCCGCAAAAGGUUUGGCAGCAUCUGAAAUGCAGUCCAUUAAAGCUGCUAAAAUUACUCAGUCAUUGCUGGCACAAGCACAAGGCAACCCAGCAUCAGGAGUAUCACCAUCCUCUACAGCAACACUCAAAACAGUCCUGCUACUUACACCAGAGAUUCUAGAAAAAUUAAAGGCAGCAGGAAAUAUAGUUAUUUCAACAACUGAGGCACAAAAGGGAAUCACAGUCUGCCAGCCUGGAGCAGUAAAUAGACAAGGACAACAUAAGCUGGCGACAAAAGUAGCAACAAAGAUUAGAACAGUGAAUGGCCAGGGCACAGGGUCAGCAAAUAGUAGUGAAGCUAUUGGACAAGGAAAUCCUACAGCCACAUCCAAGGAAAAAUCAACGAAUAGCCAAGGGUCAGGGCAAGGGACAAAGGAUACUUCAGGCGGAACACAGACCUCUAUCCAAAUAAAAGCACAGCAACAAGUGGACUUAAGCAACAAAAUGGCAAGUACUCAAAAAGCAAGCACAUCACAAGUGGCUCUUGUAAGACGAGGCAAAGCAUCAUCUGUGCCUCUGAUAGAUGCAGCAGAAGCACUUGCAGCAACAGCUGUAUCAGUAACUCCAACAGCUUCUAUAAUAACAGCUGAGGAAACAGCAUCAAUGCAGCCAGUAAAACAAGCAACAGUGCCAAGAAAACGCAAGCAGGUUCUGGUUGAAGCAGUUGAAACUAACGUUGAGGUACAACAUGUAACAGCUCAUGUGAAAGCUAGGGUUCCUGUCAUAGAAGUUGACAUGGAUGAAACGGAGGAGGAAGAGAUGGAAGAAGAUGAGAAUUGGGCCAGUGAAGGUAGCCCGUCAGAAGAGGAAUCUGUAGACUUUGAUGACGAUCCCGAGUUCGAGUUUAAGGGGGAAGAUAUCGAGUCAGAUGAUGAUGAUGCCCUUGAAGCUGCUGUGGUACCAACCUCCCAAAGACGUCGUCGCAGCACUAGAAUCAAGAGGCAACAAAGACAAGAUUCAGACGAAUCCUCAGGAGAAGAUUCGGAAGAUGAUGAGAGCAGUAGCAGUGAUGAAGAUGAUGAUAAGUCCACUCCAGAGCUUGCAGAAGAAAACGAGCAAUUAACAAGAAGUAUUCCAUGCAAGCAUUGUGAAAAGCUGUUUUACUGGCAAGUCCACCUUCGCUUCCACGUAGAAAGAAAACAUGCAAGCAUAAGUUCUUAUCAAGGCAAGCUUGCAAAAUGGAAUCAACCUCAAAACAUCCAACAUCAAGAAUCAGGGGAAUCGGAACAAAAUCAGGAGAAACUAGUUGAAGGUCAAGAACAGACCAAUGUAGAUAACCUAGACGAGAAAAAGGACAAAACAGAUCAAGAACAGUACAAACCUGAAAAAACAGGGCAGGAACAAGAGAAAACCGAUCAAGAGCUGGAGAAACCUGAUAUGGUUCAGGAAAAACAAGAUAAUGAGCAAGAGAAACCAGAUAAGGGUCAGGAAAAACAAUAUCAAGAACAGGGAAACCCAGAUAAGAAUAAGGAAAAACAAGAUCGUGAACAAGAGAAACCAGAUAAGGAUCUUGAAAAACAAUAUCAAAAACAGGAGAAACCAGAUAAGGAUCAGGAAAAACAAGAUCGUGAAAAGGAGAAACCAGAUAAGGAUCAGGAAAAACAAGAUCGAGAACAGGAGAAAACAGAUAAGGAACGCGAGCAACCAUAUCAGGAACAGGAUAAACCAGAUCAAGAAAAUACUGAACCUGGACCAAAACAAAUUGGACCAGAUGAAAGUUCAUUGAAUCGGGAGAGGGAUACAAAGCUUGCUGACUAUCAACAGAAAAAUACUCCUGCCAACCCCAACUAUUGUGACCAUUGUGACAGAACAUUCUUAUUGAAAGAAGCGCUGAGGCUCCAUAUUAAAAAGGUCGUAUCGAGACUGAAAGGGAAAACUCAAAAGAUUCAACAUGAAGAACUUGAAGACGAACCUGAUGAUAUUAGGCCAAAGCGAGCCCCCCGCAAACUAGCAUGUCAACAAUGCGGAAGUGUGUUCGCGCAAAGGCGGGGAUUGGAAAGACAUAUCCUUUUUAUCCAUACUAACCAAACGCCAGUCAAGUGUAGUGUAUGCGAGAAAUGGUUAAGGAACGAGUAUGCACUUAUUGGCCACAAUAGGAUUGAACACGCUGUACGCAAUUUCGUCUGCCAGCACUGCGGAAAGAAGCUUGCCUCUAAAAAAACCCUGAAGUGCCAUCUUCAGCACCACACAGGAGAGCUACCUUACAAGUGCCGAUUCUGUGACAAGCGCUUCGGAAAAUCGAACAGUCUAUUUGACCACGAGAAUAGGCAUACUGGCGAACUCCCCUUUAAGUGCGUUGUCUGUGGCAAAGCCUUUAUCUCUCCGCAAGCGCUUGGAAGACACGCAUUGGUCCAUUCAGACGACAAACCUUUCAAGUGUGAUGUUUGCGACAAGUCCUUCAAGUCGGCAUACGCUCAGAGAGUUCACAAGAGAAGUCAUACUGACGACAAGCCGUUCAAGUGCGACACAUGUGGGAGGAAAUUUAACCAGAAAAUCUGCCUGACACUUCACCUUCCCUGCAGAGAGGAGGAAUUACGCAAGAAACGAGAAGAGGCGCGAAAAAGACGAGAGGAGAAACUAGCCGAGAAGGAAUCGAGCAAAUCUAGGAAUAAAAGAAAGUCGAAGGAACAAAGGGAUGAGCCGUCUCUCAAAAGGAGUACAGCCACACCCAAGAAAACAAGGAAGACAGCUGCUAAAGAUUCAAGUGAAGUGGAGCGAAUUCGCGGCGCAGGUGAAUCCUCCAGUGAACCGUCUUCAAAAAGAAGCCAAUCCACCAAAGGUAGAAAGAAUGUUAAUAAAGCUCCCAGUGGAGUGGAUGGACCUCUUUCAGACGCUUCAGGGAAAUCAUCCAAAAAAGCAUCCAGUAAAUCACCGAAAGUUACCAAAGUAAAGGAGUCAUCGAUCACAUCACAAAAAGCACCUAAGUCAUCCAAGCAAUCAUCCAGUAAAUCAACUAAAGGUACAAAGAAAAGAGUAGAAGAGGCAUCAAGCACAUCACAAAAAGCUCUACCGUUAAUGACUGUUGGAGGACAUUCAUCAAAGGAAGCAGAAAUAUUAGGCGAUGAUAAAACAGAGAUUAGAACUCGAAGAAGGACGAACUUGAAAGACAGUGAACCAGCACAGAAAAUGUCAAGGAAAAGACCAAGUGAACGAGCCAAGCAGCGACAGCAGCAGUUUAAAAAGACCCGUGAAAACAAUCUCGGCGAGUCGGAAACGGAAAAUAACAAUGUCUCAAUGGACCUAAUAGAUGGCCUUGAGAAACUCCGCAAGGAAGCCCUGGAUAUAGACCAUAGCAUUGCAGAAGAGGACUCUUGUAAGGACAAAUGGGCUGUUUCAGCAGCUGCUGAGCCACUUAAUGUGUCUAGUGCUACGACGUCUAGAGGUCGGAGGGGUCGUUCUAGAAAUGGAAAGAAAUGAUGUAUUACUAUUAUCACAGGAUUGGCUUAAAAUGCGACGCGAACCAAGGAAAUUAGCCAAUCGGAAAUGCGAGUAACACUGUUCCCAUUAAAGCUGCAUCGUCACCAGUUUACUUCCGGUCGAUUACGUAACAACCUCCUUUUAUUUUUAACGGAAAAGGCGAAAAAUAUUUCAAAAUUGUGAAAGCAGGUGUCUUUUGGAAGUUUCUUUGAGGAGGUGAUUGAUAAUUUAGAUGAAUGGCCUGUUAAAUAGCGCAGAUUCUAAAAUAUUCUUUUGUCUUUUAAGGGUUGAGAUUUCCGUCGUACCUCCGGAAGUAAACUGGUGACAAUGCGGCUUUAACCCGAACUUAACAACCAGAAGGUUUCAGGCUUGUUUUGAUGUGGACUUAAACAUUUUUGUGCCAUGCUAAUUUGCUAUUGAAGUUUUGUCGAUUACACAAUUAGACGCGUUUCUUGUAUUCUUACUGUAUAACUUCCUAAAUCUUCCUAAAAGUGGCCAUGGUAGCGCUCGCCAUUAGUGAUCGAUGAGGGAUCCGUGUAGUUCACAUCAAAAGCUGUAAUUUACUUGGCCUGCUAGACUAAGCUAGAUCGGCGAUCAUAAGGGAGAGCUAAUAUAGACUAGCAUGACUGGAGUUGUUAGGGGUUUUGGGGGUUGACGGAGGGUCUAAGACAGUUUUGAGAGAAUAAAUAACAUCCUUGGUGUUUUAGGAGUUGGAAGCUUACUCCUUAAGCCUUCUUGUUAACGUGAAACAGGGGUAACUGGAGCAAAUCUCUUUUCAUCGAUCUUUGUUCUAAGCGAACGGUUGAGAUUUUAAGAGGGUCGUCAAUGCUGUGCAUGUUAAUGGUGAAGUAUCCCAUAAUGCCUAGGGCACAACUAAAGCCUGCCACCACCUUGUUUGUUAUUUUUAUCAGUUACACACAAAAAUAUGACACUUUUUUGUUGAUCAUGGUUGAGAUGAUGAUUUUUAACCAAUAAAUCAACAAUUCUACCCGG